AGUGGGAGGGAGCACCGGGUGGGGAGAGGGAGGCUGGACUUGGAUGAGUGCCUACCCUCCGAGCCAAGCCUUUCUUCCGGAGUUCCACACAGCCAGCCUCUCGAUACCACUGGAAAGCCCGUGGGAGAGUGUUUCCCUCCAGCCAGGAGCAGAUCCAAGUUCUGUCAGCCUGAUGUAGAUCCUGGGUAAAUAAGGGCAAUAGUCUCGUUUUUAUAUUUGGAGAAAGUGAGAGGCACUGCAAAGCUGGGGUCAGUUGUGGACUCUAUUCGGGUCUCUGGAUUCCCAUGACCUUUCCUGGAACAGCUGUGGGUUUGCAGGAGGCAGCCCUGACCGAAGGUUAGAAACCUUGGCUCCCAGACCUUUAGAGAAGCUGGGGCGUAGGAGAGAGGACCUGGUCUUAGGGACUGGGGUUUCAGGUGUGUCCCACUGCAACCAACGCUCAGGAUCAAGCCUAAGACUGGACACUGCCAACUGAGAUAUGUCUCCAGCUGCCACUGAUGAGACUAUCAAUCAUCAGAAGCCUGGAUUCAUUCCACUAACGUUUUCCGUGCAAGGCUCGGGACCAUCGAGGAGGAGAUACUAUCACAGCUUCUGCACAGGACAGGGCUGCCGCUCUCAGGAACUCACAACAGCCGCGGCUGCUCCAGCAUGAAGGAGAAGGGGCUUGCAAAGCCCCACCCCAUACUGAGGAGCCAUAGGCAGUUGGUUGCUGGGGGGCAGUCAGUCUUCUUGUAGCAAUCCCCUGCUGGGAAGAGCAAGUCCAGAGAAGGUUGCAAAUGAAGGACCACAGAGAAACAUCAAGAUGUCGCUCUCUGGAGCCAACUCCUCCUUCUCCUGAGCUCCACAGAGAACCCCAGAGUACCGGGUCCUUCUGACUCCCUUCAUGCUACUGCUGAAAGUGAAGAGGUUCUCCUGAGAGCAAGCCCAGGGAGCUGGGUGGGUGAUACAUUCCUGUGUUUCUAGCACUCAAAGGGGCUGAGACAGGAGGAUAACCAAUCCGAGACCAGCCUAGGCUACAUAGUGAGAUCCCAUCACCAAAUAAAGCCCCCAAAUGUGCAAAUGUGGAGAAGACCUGCAGGGAGAAGAGGCUGAAAGGUCUGUGGGAGGCAGGGCUAGAGCUAGCAGGUCCUUGGAGCUAGCUUCUUGACUCUGAAGAAGAUCCAGACAUCAGAUAAAAAGUGGAGGGACUUGUAAGCCCUUUCCUCAGCAGGACAAGCUACCAGGAAGCAGCUAAGAAUCUGACCUGGCUGGGUGGUUCACAUCCUGUCAAGUCCCUGGCCACGCUCUCAGAGCCAACCUGAGGCUUCAGAGGCCUCGGGUCACAGGUGCAGGGUGUUGGCACCAUUAGCACUUGCGAAGACUCUUUGUUCUCAGUCACUUUGAUGGGAGGUGCCCAUGCCCAUGGCCCCCGGGGCUUGUUAGUGGGAUGAGACAUUGAUCAAAGGUAAACACUUUGUUCUUUAUCAACAAGAUGGUUCUUUCCUUCCUACUUUGCUGAAAGCAGGACCAGUGGACCAGAGCAAGCAUCAAAGAAGGCCCAGGGAAUUAGGGGUUUCUGGCCAGGAGGUUGGAACUAAGUGUUCUGAAGACACCAAAGAUGAGAUCACACAGCAGUGUAUCUUUCCUCCUACUCAUAUAACGCCCUUAGCACAGGGCUUCUCAAACCCAGGGGAUGGUCCCUCCUUCCAGACUCUAUCCAGAAACCUUUUCAGCCUCAUCCCACCUCUAGGCUGUAAGUGGCCUCAGGCAGGAUGCACCCCUGCCUCCCACUCUCCUCUGACUUCAGUUUCUGCCUGAAGCGCUAUCAGAGACAGGCACUGCUGCCUGCUCUCCACUCCUGUAUUUACCGUAAGGAGUGCCAGGAAACGGGGAGCAUUCAGACGCAUUUCUCACUCGAGGACCAGCAGGCGGCUCUGACUCUGAAACGCAGCCCAAGGACUGGGUGAGACAGACUCGGUGGUGCACCACAGGGGAGAACAGCUCCCUGGAGACCAAGGAGGGGAGACCUUGAGCAAGUGCCUCGUCUUACAGGAUCUCAGAAGGCAUGGCACCAGACGGGGUCUGGCUCCUUUGCCUCCAGCUUGUCCUACGGCCAACUCUGGUGACAGGCAUCAAGAUGGAGAUCGCCAUCAAGAACUUCCGCACCUUACACGUUGACUACCCCAGGAGUAACUACCCGAAGGGUUUCCACGGGUACUGUAACGGGCUCAUGGCCUAUGUGAGGGGCAGAAUGCAGGACUGGUAUUGCCCUAAGAUCCACUACGUGGUCCAUGCCCCCUGGGAAGGCAUCGAAAAGUUCUGCAGUAACAGCGAGAACUUCUGUGAGAACUUCAACGAGUACUGCACGCUCACUCAGAACUCCUUCCCCAUCACCAUCUGCACCCUGGGUUCCAAACAGCCGCCAACCAGCUGCAGCUACAACAGCACCCUGACCAACCAGAGGCUGUACUUGCUCUGCUCCAGCAAGCAAAAUGCUGAACCAAUAGGCAUCAUUGGCCUCUACUAGGCUUGCCAAGCAGUCCCACCUCCGACAGGCCUGUACACGCCACACCAAAGCCUGUUCCCGGCUUCUGAGGUGGAGCCCCGCCCUCCUCCAGGCUCUUUGCACCUUCUCAUCACCCCCACUAUGAGCCUCCCUCGCCAGCAGCAGUAAAACCCACCCAAGAAGCUGCCAGUGUCCAGCUGGCAGAGCUUGUCCUUCUACUGGGCCAGAUCCCGACUUCUGGAUGGAGGCCCAGGCCCCAACUCAUGCCAUAGCAACAGGCACCCAGUCCCAGUAUUUCUCUCUAUCCCUGUUUCUAGUUUCAGUCUCCCCGGCUUCCCUUAUAAUUCCUGCCACUCCUGGGCAGAAGGAGCCUACCGACCACCCCUUGGCUCACUAUCUCACUCCGCUCCUAGCCCUCUCUCUCUGUGAUCUUCCCUUUCACUUUAUAUAGCCUGCCCUUCCCCACCUCCUCCCACCGUGGAGCCCAGUGUUGUCUCCCUGUUCUUCCGACCACUUGACCAAUGGUAGUCAUGAUGCCUACCUUGUCCCAGCCUCUGUCUCCCACCUUCUCUCAUCUUGGUCCACCAGUCUUUUCAAGUUAUCUUUUCUGUUCUUCCCAAAGUCUUUCGGUCCCCUUUCCCUGCCCUCAUCUCUACCCAACAUUUCCCAGACUCUGGGGUCUGUGCCACUCAGGUGGCAGAUGAAGAGGCAGGCUCAGUUUCCAGUCGUAGACAAACCACUGGGGGAAACUGGGCACAAGGCUUAUGAGCUCCUUUCUGCAUUGCCUUCUUGUGAAGCUGUAAUAAUUUCCAAAUAAAAAGUUAAAACCA